AUGUACAGAACGUAUCAAAAAUCUAAUUUACAGAAAAAAAUUGAAAUCACUGAAGACUCCGUGGAACACUUCUAUAAUAGCAAUGAAAUCAGAUUUAACGUGAUAGCAAGAUUGAUUGCUCGUGAAGGAGGAGAAGAAACAGAUACUUUGAGGGAUGUUGUUUGUGAUGCUCUACAGGAGGCUAGCCCAAACACAGCUCCUGAUGCUGAAUCUCGUCGCAGUGAACGCAAUUAUAAAGAAGCAAUUAGUGCUAGCAAUACAACAAACGAAGGACAAUUUCCAAGACCGAUCCCAGUCUGCCAACGUUGGGUGAUCGAUCGCAAGUAUCAGAAGAUACCGCGAACUACAGUACUAUCAUGUGCACUCUGCGGCUGCGAACGUUAUGUGAUGGAUGGCGCUUAUUUGGCAUCAGCCGUGCAAACGCUAACGGGACAUUAUCCCACUCUUGGACUAUGGAAUGAUCCGUUUGACAUCAUGGACCAUAUCGUAGCAACACUACAAGAACAUCUUGAUCUUAUAAGUGACAGCGAUACUCUGGUUGCACACGAUGUUGCAUCGUUUUUCAAUGACUAUUUGGUGAAGUACGUUGAAAAUGAUGAGUGGAAGAUAAUGGAACCAGCUGAGGAAUGGAGAAGACGACGCAUUGUUUUCGAAUAG